UUGCUAAACAGUGGAAAAAAGAGAAAAAGGUUUUACAAAAGUAUUUUACAAUAUAAUACAUAUAAUACUCGAUAUUUUAAAUAGUUCCUGAAAGAAAGCUAAUAAUCAACUGUUUAUUAAUUGCUUGAAACAAUUUUCAAUUCAUUCCCUUCUCUCAUUUGAGAGUAAUUUUACUUUCAUUUAUUCCAUUACAGGGAAGCUGUGUAACAGAUUUUUUUUCACAAUGACUGAACAAUUUGUUGGUUGCACUGUUUCAAUAACAUGUGUGGAAGAAAUAGGCACCUAUCAAGGGCAAAUUGUCGAUUUUAAUGAUCAAAAGGUGAUCUUGACGAAAGCAUUUUGCAAUGGUGUACCACAUUCUUCGCCUCGAGUUACUAUAAACGCAAAAGAUAUUUUGGAACUCUCAAUAAUAUCGAUAAAUGAUGCUGGUAAAAAUAUUACCGAUGCUGAAACACAAAGUCGUGUCAUUGUUAAAAGACCAAUCGCAAAGCGAGCUGGCAGAUCGACAUCGGAUUUCACACCACCACCACCACCUGAGGUGCAAGUACAAACACAAUUCACUUUGAAAAAAUCAAUUGAAUCCACCUUUCAAAUGGAAAUUCCGUCAAACGGAAGAAUCAGUUCAGCUGAAGUUAUAUCAAAAACGAAUCAAAGAAAAUUAACUCACAGACAGAGACGAAAUGAAAGAGAUGAACAAGCAUUCGGAACUCCAAUCGAUCAAUGUUUAAAACAGGAUUUUGAUUUUGAAAAAAAUUUGGCUUUGUUUAACAAGGAGGCGGUUUGGCAAGAAAUAAAUUCAUCGAGACCGGACAUUGUUCGUCAGUCAGAAAGUAAUAAGGCAAAUAAAUCGAGAUAUCGACACGAUGAGAAUAUUAUUGAAUCGGCGCCGGCAGCAUUUCGUCAAAUAAUUGUACCUUGUCCAGACCGAACGGAAUAUGUAACGGACGAUGGUUUAAUCAUUCCAAGUAUCACUCUUGACCUUCAUCGUCAAUUAAUUGGUGCAGCAGAUCGAUUUGGCAUCACUUGGGAGCGAAGAGUAGAAUUAUUUGGACGCGCUGGAACAGAAAUAAUACUACAAUUAUUGGGCGGCGGUCAUCGUUUCAAUCCAAAUAAUGCACAUCAACGACCAACAGUUGUUGCACUCUGUGGACCACAUAGAUCGGGCGCAGCUGGUGUUAAUUGUGCACGACAACUCUCUAGUCACGGUGUUAAGACAAUUGUAUUCAUUGAAAAUUCCGAGGACGUUUUUCUCCUACAGGAAUUGUCAUUAUAUAAAUUAACAAAUAACAAAGUUGAAUCGGAUGUAAAAAAUUUACCGCCCGUUGUUGAUUUAAUAAUAAUGGCAUUGUGCGAGGAAAAUUCACCAAGAACAGUAACUGCAGUGGCAAAAUGGGCGAAUAAUAAUAGAGCACCAAUUUUGGCAAUAGAACCACCGUCCUCAGGCACACCUGGAGUUUUGAGUAAAUACAGUCUCCUCAGUGCACUACCAUUGGCACACAGUACAGAUAAUGGACGAUUGUAUAUGUUAAAUCUUGCCUUACCCAACAAAGUCUUUUUAGAUGUUGGCAUCACUUACAGAUCACCGUUCGGUCCUAAAUUCGUUAUUCCCUUGCAUUCGAAUGAUUCUUAGCAAACUGUAAGUACAUCAUUGUUAUUAUUGAGACUUUUCAAUUAAUGUAAAAAAAAAAUAUUUAAAGCAACCGAAUGCCAACCAUUUUUUUAUGUUUCAUAUUUUUCAAUCAGUUUUUAAUAAAUAAACUAUCGACUGUAUAUUAUUCAUAAUUUAGUGGGUAAAACUGAAUGUAAUCUUUUUCUUGUUACAUAAAACUGAUUCGACAAAA